ACGAAGGUUGAAAAAAAAAAUUAACUAAAGUUACCAUGUGGCUAAUUUUCUUAUUUUCCACUAUCGCAUUGGCUGGAAUCGUAUGCAACGUAUCAAUUCUAGUCUCCGUGAUAAAGUAUAGAAUUUUGCGGAAGAAACCGUACUCCAUAUUGGUGUCCCUUGCAGUAUGUGACCUGUUCAAAGUAGUUGUUCUUGUUAACCUCGCAAUAUAUUCAGCAAACGAUGACUUAUUUAAUAUAUGUGCAGGAACAAGCACUUUAGGUAUGGCUUUAAUAUGUACCACGACGUUUCAUCUAGCUGCAGAGAGUGUCAAUCGUUGCAUGUUAAUUGUCUCUCCUUACAGAUAUGCAAGAACAGUUAGGAAAAAACAUGUGGCUUUUAUUAUAAUGUUGCUAUGGCUACUCCCAGCAAUCGUGACCCUACUGAUCCCAGGAUGCGUGUUUCAAGAAGGCUGGGUCAAUGCUAUGGAAUUUCAAUCCCAUAUGUUUGGCUGUCAAAGAGUAAUGCGCAGUAACGAGGAUAUAUUUUACAAACAAAACAAAGACGACGAUUGGAUAAUAGCGUAUCACGUGUUGUUUUUUGCAUUUCCCCUACUAGUUAUGGUUAUAUCAUAUAGCCUAGUAUUGCGUGUUUCGUAUAGUACUGCAAAUGACAUGCGCAAAACUAGCGUAACGAGUGAAGUAUCAUCUUCGCAUAUUGUAACCGAAAGUUCCUACUCAAACCCGAUUAUUGAUAUGGUGAGAUCCAGUUUUGAAUCGGUUAUGAUACCACCCACGAUAUACAUACCGGAGAAAAUAGAACAUCAACCUCGUGGAAAUAGUAUCGCUGCAAAAGCUGCCAAAGAAUUUCGAAGGUUAGUGAAAGAUCGAAAAAGAGAGAUUAAAGCUUCAAAGACAGUUCUUAUCAUGAUUUGUAUGUUUAUAAUAUGCAAUGCUCCUAUAUUCUCGAUUGCCUGGAUAGAUGUAGAUAAAAACGCAGUAAAUAAACUGGUUAAACUAGUUUUAAUAUGCCUGGCUUUUUCACAAGUUUUCAUAGACCCAAUUGUGUAUUUUGCAAGACUUAAAGACUACAAAAAAGCAAGAAAGAAAUGUCGAAAAUACGGACAAUCUAUGGUUCGAAAAGCAAGUCGGACUUUUUCACGACAAUAAAAUGAAUUUGGUAGUGAAGAGAUUAUUAAAGAUAAUUUUAUUUCUUUGUUACUGAAAACAUAUCACUCAUCAAAAAUUGAGCCAACAUUUAAUUUUCUGACUAACAAUUAUCGGACACUUGUAAACCGGACACCUCUAAUUCACAGACAAAAGGGUUGUGUCAGCGUAACACGUAAGGUUUUUGAGUAUGAUUGUUAUAAUCGCGAAAUUCCCUAAGAAGUCUUCAUUUUCAUGAAAGUAAAAAUAUACCAUGUGUCAAAUGAAUUAUUUUGAUAUUUUGCUAAAAAAGAACUGUACAGUAUUUUUAACUAAAUUUCACCUUGAAACUUUCUGGUGUCUG